AUGAAUUGGACCGUGGCAGAUUGGCUUAAUUACUUUUCAUCGGUGUUCAAUUUAUUGAAUGUCGCGAUCGGAUCUGGCAUCAUCGGACUUGGAUCUGUCGCUGCAAAUAUGGGGAUCAUUCCUUACAUGGUGUUUAAUGUUCUGGUGGUGGCGAUUUCGAUAUUUACUUUGAAUUUGGUGUGUAAAUCAGCAACAAGAGUUUACAAAUGGGAAGCGGAGAACAACGCAAACGAAAUGCAGAAACUCAACUCGACGCUCGACGAUGAAAUGAAUGAUGAUUGUGAAGAUAUCAUGGAAAGCCGACAUGAUCACAUCAUGACGUCGUUGGAGCACAUCAAAAUCACCGAAUUCGGAAACGACGAGUUGAAACGUAAAGAUCACCCGAUUGCUUAUUCCUACGAAGAUAUAGCCUGUGUUCUUUUCGGAAAGAAAGUGCUCAUCAUGAACAAUAUUUGCAUCUUGUUCUACCUCUUCUCAUGCAUUUGCUCUUACAUGACUCUUAUCAAGGAUACAAUGCCAGAUAUCGCCAUUGGAAUCGUUAAAAUGUUCAACGAAGAAGCAGAGAUUACCAAUCAAUGGUACAAUAAUGGAACUCUUUGGCUCUUUCUAGUUUUUCUUUUAAUUCUCUUCCCACUUGGCUGUUGCAAGCGAAUCGACUUUCUUGGUUUUACCUCAGCGAUUGGCAUGUUCGCUAUGGGUACUUUUGUCGUUAUGAUUGUCGCGAAACAACCUGAAGUCGCUGGAAUGUGCGAAGAUCCAGGAAUCGACUAUCCUUUUAGAAACAAGAACAACUCCGACAUCAUCAAAUUCAACCACAACAUCACGACCGAGUGCGAAGUCAAGUUUGUGAAUCUCAGCUCGCAGUCGAUCUUCUCCGCUGGAAUCUUGAUCUUUGCGUACAUGAGUCAUUGCAACGUGCUGGCUAUUUUUGCGGAAGUCAAGACUCGAUCCUUGGAGAGAAUGAACAAAGUGAUUUACGGCGCGCUUAUUCCCUGCACUGUUCUGUACAUGACUGCUGCCAUCUUUGCCUACUCGUCAUUCUUCAAUCACACGCAGCCCCAACUGAUCCAACUUUACAGUUUUAUUCACACAGAUGGCUCGAACGCAAUUACUGUCUGCAACAUUCUCGUUAUGACUUGCAUCAUAUUUUCAAUUCCACUCGCACUUUACCCGGCUAGGAGCACGCUUUGGAAACUCAUUCAUACUUUCAUGCCAAGUUUUCCAGCGCCAUUUGUCCCCGCUGAGCUCGACCUUCCUCGUGGAAAAGGCCGACCUUUCCCGGCUGCGAUUUUCUACACUUUAAUGGUCUCAAUUUACUUGUUUGUCUUUUGCGUCGUCGUCAGUAACGCGGAUUUCGGCCUCUUCUUGGCUUUGGCUGGCGCUGUCAGUGGAUCGACUGUAAUUAUGAUUUUCCCAACAAUGUUUCACUUGAAAAUGGAAAAUUGGGACUAUAAAUCGUUCGAUAAUUUCUGCGCUUUUAUCAUUUUGAUAUUUGGCGUGUUCAUCCUUUUUGGAAAUACGAGUCUGGUCCUCUACAAAGAACUCUCAGCUUCGGAAUGA